UCCGUGACCAACACACGGUCGCCGAGGAGUGGUGUGAACAGCCGUCUGGGUGUGAACGGGCUGGGGUCAGAUCCUCCAGGCGGCCUCGGGGAUAUCUGAACACUAACUGCGGAUCAAGAGGCUCCAACACACCGCUAAACUCUUCUGAUCAACGAGACGGGCUCUUCUGCAACCGUAUUUUAUCUCUAUUGGUUUUAAUAUAUAUUUGAUGCGCCUGUGAUAUUUACGGUGUGUUGGUUUCAUAUGGAGUCUUUGGUCGGUGGAGCUGGCUGGUUCAGGGCUAGCGGAACAACUCGGUCAUCGAGGCUAUUCGAGAAGGAAUCCAUAUUAUAGAAGGAAUCCAUUUGACGACGAGUUUUUGGCUGAGCGUUUUUUUGUUGAUCAUUGGGAUCCUGAUACCUCCAGUCUGGUCCAACUAACCGCUCAGUCCCCUGCCCCGUCAGCGGGAAGAGCGACGGAUUCACCGUCUGCCGGAGAGUCGCGGAAGAAACGCAGCUGGUCAACUAAACCUUUUCAAUAAUCUUAUUAUUAUUAUUAUUAGCACACAGUGGCUCAUAUGAAGGGUCUCUACAACCGCUUAACCGUUAUUCCCAUUUGCGCGUUUAUGGAAGAUUGUACAUUAAGUUUUUAAAGUGUUUUUCCAAACUGCGUCAUUACCCCUCUAAUGGACCGAGCUCCGUAGAUUCCGGUAGGCUCUUGGGUAAAAAAAACGACUGAAAAUCCCGUAAAAAAAACCCGUCUGUUACUAGUCUUAUGAUCUGACCUCGCCAGAGACAGACGUACGGUGUGAUUGUAUGUCAAGCGAUUUGCUUGGUGUUUUUAUAGGUCAGGAUGUCGAUGGGCAUGGAUCCACAGGGAGACCCACCGCCAGUCUAGCCUUUAGCGGCUCUUUGGGAACACUAUCCCGGACACAGGGCUAGCUCCACUCCCCCCCCCCACACACUGGAGAAUGGAUGGCCGAGAUCUCGGACCCCCUCGGUCUGUCCAUGUUCCCCCUCCCCUGUUGGCCAUGGAGACCCACCGACUCGGAGCUGCUGCAGCAGCCAGGAGGAUCCCUCCCUCGCCCGGACACUUGGGCACAGGGCACCCAGCAAACCUCCACGUCGGAAAAUUCCUUCCAACGGUCAUGAACCUCCAUCCACAUCACAUUGAUGCCUUCCCAGCAGCCUCCAGUCCCUUCCUGCCGGGCUAUUCCGGCCCCUCCCCCCUAACCUCUGACCCAGCCUACAGAUCACCCAAUCAGAUGGCUCAGCUCUGGGCCUCACACGCUGCCGCCCACGAAGGCUACGCCCCUCACCCAGGCGGUCUGUACCCCAGCCCCUACCACCUCCCCUGGGUAACCUGGAGCCUCCUCCCCCUCGCUGGGCUUGGCUCAGCACCACCACCUCUACAACGCACCACACCAAGUGGCGUCUCGGGACCAGCGUGGCGGCGUCUCGGGACCAGCGUGGCGGCGUCUCGGGACCAGCGUGGCGGCGUCUCGGGACCAGCGUGGCGGCGUCUCGGGACCAGCGUGGCGGCGUCUCGGGACCAGCGUGGCGGCGUCUCGGGACCAGCGUGGCGGCGUCUCGGGACCAGCGUGGCGUCUCGGGACCAGCGUGGCGUCUCGGGACCAGCGUGGCGGCGGCGUCUCGGGACCAACGUGGCGGCGGCGUCUCGGGACCAGCGUGUGGCGGCGUCUCGGGACCAGCGUGUGGCGGCGUCUCGGGACCAACGUGUGGCGGCGUCUCGGGACCAACGUGUGGCGGCGUCUCGGGACCAACGUGGGGCGGCGUCUCGGGACCAACGUGGGCGGCGUCUCGGGACCAGCGUGGGGCGGCGUCUCGGGACCAACGUGGGGCGGCGUCUCGGGACCAACGUGGGGCGGCGUCUCGGGACCAACGUGGGGCGGCGUCUCGGGACCAACGUGGGGCGGCGUCUCGGGACCAACGUGGGGCGGCGUCUCGGGACCAACGUGGGCGGCGUCUCGGGACCAACGUGGGGCGGCGUCUCGGGACCAACGUGGGGCGGCGUCUCGGGACCAACGUGGGGCGGCGUCUCGGGACCAACGUGGGGCGGCGUCUCGGGACCAACGUGGGCGGCGUCUCGGGACCAACGUGGCGGCGUCUCGGGACCAGCGUGGCGGCGUCUCGGGACCAGCGUGGCGGCGUCUCGGGACAGAUUUAGAGGUUCUUCCUGCCGGUGUCGUUACCCCAGCUGCCUCUCCAACCCUCCUCCGUCCCCCCCAGUUCCACCCCCCAGAACUCUACCGCGAGGAGAGGGAGGAGCCUCAGGAGGGGGGCAGGGACCGAGACAGACUCUACCGUGUGUCGAGGGAGAGAGACGAGCCUCAGGAGGGGGGCAGGGACCGAGACAGACUCUACCGUGUGUCGAGGGAGAGAGACGAGCCUCAGGAGGGGGCAGGGACCGAGACAGACUCUACCGCGAGGAGAGGGAGAGAGAGGAGCCUCAGGAGGGGGGCAGAGAGAUACCCUACCGCGAGGAGAGAGGCGAGAGGGAGCCUCGUCCAUACAGUGUGGUAGAUCUGACACAGGAUGGGAGGAGUGGUGAGAGAGAACGCCACAGAGAACGAGAGACGGAGCGUGACAGAGAGGUUUUCCUCCACCACCCCUCUGCUUCUCGACCCCCCCAGGGCUCCUCCUCUUCUGGGCGUUACCCAGAGACUGAUGACACACCCACUCGCUCCCCCAACCCUAACUCCAGCCCCCACACACACACAGACAGGCUGAGGAAGACUGAAUCUACCUACAGCGGUGGACUCCUCCCUGGCCCCGCCUACCCUGCACACCGGGAGCCUAUCAGGGAACAGCGUGUGAGCGCGCCCACUUACGUGCCUUCUGUGGAGGUCUAUGAUGAGCAGAUCGGCCCGAUCCAGAUCGCAUCGCAGGCCAGGGACAAACAGGACAAACUGAGAGAGAGAGAAAGAGAGAGAGAAAGAGAGAGAGAAAGAGAGAGAGAAAGAGAGAGAGAGAGGUUUCCUGAAAAGACACUAUCGGACCGUCGCACUUCUCUUCCUGGUGAUUUGUCCAAUCAGAGAGAGCGGGAGGAGGGCUCUGUGAUCUGCUCCAACGGUUCGGCGCUGAAACGAGACGGUUACGUCAGCCAAUCAGGGUUCAGCCCGGACCCCAGGGACACGCCAAAACAUGCCAUCCGAUUGGGCUUGGAGCGGGUGGGCGAAGGGCCUAAAUGGAACCCCAUCAGCCCAUUGGCCAACUACGCCACCAGUCAUAUGGCAGCUCUGGCCUCCCAGCACGGACACGCACACUCCGCACAGCAGGCACGCACACACACUCAGCCCUCACACCAUAACCAACAGGAACUCAACAGACCCCCUUCCAACCCCCACACACCCCAACACAGACACACACACACUCAACCCUCACACCAUAACCAGCAGGAACUCAACAGACCCCCUUCCAACCCCCACACACCCCAACACAGACACACACAUUCCCCCCACCCUCCGCCCCAACCCCAGAGGGGAGAGGAGGGACAGGGGCGCUACUUGGACACCUCAGCCCUGUACCGCCCAGUGGGGGGAAGGAGAGGCAGCGGGGGAGGAGGGUCUGAGGGGGGAGCAGACGGAGGAGAGGUGUCGGCCAUGCAGAGUCUGAUCAAAUACAGCGUGGGGUCCUCCUCCAGGCAGAACACGGACAACCAAGCCUCGUUCGGAGGGCUGGCGUUCACGAGGCUGGAGGGAGGAGGAGGAGGAGCGGGGGGGAGGCUGAUGAAGAGAGAGCAGGAGCGUCCCGACAGCUCUCGGUCGUUGGGACGCGGCGAAGGGGCGGGGCCAGGCGAGGGUGGGGGAGAGGUCCGUCACCCUCCUGUUGGGAUAGCUGUGGCAGUGGCCAGACAGAGCAAUACAGACUCCCAGAGACCUCUACUACUGCACGCAGGGGUUAAAGACGAGGAGCGGGGGGACGAGCGAGCCCGUCACCGUGGUGACAGACUGGGGUGCCUGGAGCGUGAGCAGGAGAAGUUGCUCAGAGAGAGUAAGGAGCUGGCAGAGUUCACCCAGAUGCACCCCCUUGCUCACCCCUGGAUGCCCCGCCAAGGAGCACCGCCCAUCUGGCUGUCGGGAUCCCCCUACGGUUUAGGCCCCUCUCCGCUGCACCAGGCCCUCCCUCCCUACCAGCUGGCCAGAGACCCCCAGUCAGGACAGCUGAUGGUUAUAGCCACAGAACACAUCCCACGCUACGGAGGAGAUGUGUUGGAUGGGGGUGGCGCCCCCCAGUGGCCAGGGGUGUAUGGAGCAGGCAGUUCUCUGCAACAUGCCGCUCAGCUGCAGAUGUUGUCACAGCAACAGAUGCUGAGGCAACAUGAGCUGGUGAUGAUUCAACAACAUGCUGCUCAGGUCCUGGAGCUGCAGAGGAACGCUCAACUGAUGGAGCGUCUGAAGGCCAGUGAACAGAGGGCAGAGCUAGAAGAGAAGACCAAUAAGAGGAGUUCCGAGCCCAAACCCCGCCCUCGCCACGCCCCCACUGCCUCCCUCCCUCCACUGACACUGACGAGGAGAGGAGGAGGGGGGAGACCUGAGGGGGACCUGAUGAAACACCUGACCACCGCCCCUAUCACCGAAUCUACACAGGCCCUAUUCCCCCCCCGCCCCCUCCCCCAUCCAGCAGGGGGUAACAAACACCCCUCGGUCUCCUCCCUGCCGCCACUCCUCCGGGCCACAGCUCCAGACGCGAAGCCUCGGGGCCUGGACCUCCGGCCAGACCAGGGGACCACGCUGAAGCAUGACCCCGACCAGGAGCCACCCCAGCUGGGCAUGAGUCCUGCUGCCCUGGACCCUCGGCUCCGGACCUCCAGCCCUCCGACCCUCAGCCAAAUAGAGAGAGACGGAGACCACAUGAACACACCAGCCUCCCCUCAGCCCCCCAGCCCUGUCCUCCCCCACACAGCCACAAGAACACACCAGCCUCACCACAGCCCCCAGCCCUGUCCUCCUCUACCAUCCACACAGCCACAUGAACACACCAGCCUCACCACAGCCCCCCAGCCCUGUCCUCCCCCCACACAGCCACAAGAACAACAGACCCCCAGCCCUGUCCUCCCCCAGGAAGAGGAGGCAGGAGUGGUCAAGAUGGAGGUGUUGACCCACGGCUGCCGAGGAGCCUAUCAGCUUCCACCGUCCGUCCCGAAGACCCAGCCCCGACACACACGCAUCCUCUCCUCCCCUCUCUCUCCCUGCCCUCUCUCUCCCUCCCCUCCCUCUCCCUCCCCUCCCUCUCCCUCCCCUCUAAACAUCGUCCCUGAUGAUCCCAUGGCUGGUAUGAUGACGCUGUUGGCUGCCAGUCAGAUGCCCCAGGCUGCCCCCCCUGCCCUACCCACCCUGCCCCAGACAGAGGCCUCCUCGCUGGGGAGAGACGUGGCCAGUCCUGGGUGUCUGGAGGUCUGGGCUCUGGAGGGGAUGACUCUACUCAGCGACAUGGCCUCACUAGAGAUGGAUAGGAUACAGCUGGAGCAGGGUGAGGUGUUGUGUGGUCUUGACCGCCUGUUAGAGGCAGGUAGAAAGGUGUUGCUGGAGGCCAUUGAGAGCCAGUCUCACAUCAACCUCCCCAGACAACUACACCCCAGCAAGACCUACAGCUGGAGGAUGAGGACAGACCCACAAGAGCAGCUCUUCAGUAAGCUGUGUGUGGAGGUGUGUGAUGGAGGGGAGUCUCAGCAUCGGAUGAGAUUAGCGGAGCUACAGAGGCAGUACAAGGACAGACAGAGACAACUGGACCGGCUGCAGAGGCGCUCUGACACCCAAGAGGUUCAGCAGCAGGAGGAGGAGAGGCGGAGUCUAACCAGACGUGGGCGGGGCCGACCUAGGAAGAGGAAACGUGUAGCGACGCCCCCUGGCAAGAUGGAGUCCCGGACAGGGAAGCCGGGCAGGACAGUGCGGUACUCUGAGGUGGGGGAUGGAGGGAGGAAGAGGUUCCACUGUUCCAGAGGAGAGGAUGAUGAGAUGGAGGGAGGAAGAGGAGGAGAGAAGAGGAGUUGGCAGGAUCAGGAGCCAUCCACUAGUCACUCUCUGGAGGUCUUUAAGACUCGUCGUGUCGGUCUGUGUGACCAGGAGCAGCUAGCCUGUGACCUGGACAGAGCUCUCUCCCUGUCCGUACUCAGUACCAGCCGCCGGACGCCCUCUGACCCCGGUGGGAGGGAUGGAGGGGUGAUCCCCUCGUCUGGAGGGAAACAGAAGGUUAGAGGUCAGAGGAAGACUGUUUCUCCUCCACUUCCUCACUCCUCCUCUCAACGCUCCAGCUACGACUACAACUCCGACUCUGAAGAGGAUGUCCCCCGGGGGGGCUGUCACCCCUUCUCAGGGUUGCGACCCCACACAACCCCGCCCAGGAAGAGACCGUCCCCCUCCUCGUCCAAUCAGGCGGCUCGGGAGAGGAAACAGAAGCACUUAUCCCUCCUGCUGCAGGAGGCGGGGCUUAGCUCCUCCGACGACUCCUUCGAUCAAGAGUCCUCCACUGAGGAGGACGAUGAUGAGGAAGAGUCGUCGUGCUCUGAGGGGAGUGAGCUGGAGGAGAGUGGGUUGGGCCUGCUGGCCAGGUUCGCAGCCAGCGCCCUCCCGGUCAACCCCGCCCCCCUGCCCCGUCUCCACGACAACAAACACCGUAGCAGGCAAAGCAUUCUGGGUUCUGGUUCUGGUUCUGACCCGUGUGUGUGUCCUCUAGGUUCUGGUUCUGACCUGUGUGUGUGUCCUCUAGGUUCUGGUUCUGACCUGUGUGUGUGUCCUCUAGGUUCUGGUUCUGACCUGUGUGUGUGUCCUCUAGGUUCUGGUUCUGGUUCUGACCUGUGUGUGUGUCCUCUAGGUUCUGGUUCUGGUUCUUCUGGUUCUGGUUCUGACCCGUGUCUGAGGAAAUUCCCCUCUCUGCUCCACGGGAAACGCUCCACUCCCGAACUCCCCAUGUUACCCCCGGCAACGCGCCACGGCGACCACACGAGCAACGAGACCUCGCCGGUUAAACGCAAGCCUCGCCCGUCUCCUCGGUCGCCCCGGAGAUUCACCUUUGACCCCGCCGGGGGACUAGGGGGAGGGGCUAGCGAGGAGGAGGGAUGGACACGCAGACGCAGCGAGAGGAUUUUCCUUCAUGAUGCCUCCACCAAUCAGAUCUCUCCCUCCAGUAAAGACCCUCCAAUCAGCACUAAACCCGCCCCCAGACCUAAAACCACACCCAGGGACGGGAAAGACUGGAAGGUGAGUCGGCCUGUCCUCUCUGGUCUGUCCUCUCUGGCCUGUCCUCUCUGGUCUGUGCUCUGGUCUGUGCUCUCUGGUCUGUCCUCUCUGGCUCGUGGAGCGGUCAGUAGGCUGAUGAAGAGUAUGGAGGCUGAUGAAGACUUCGAACCCAGUCAGGACAGCAGCUUCUCUGAAGAUGACGGACCUCCUCCGUCACACAGCAGUCUGGCUGAGAGGACCCUGUCGUCUGCUCCGGUCCAGUGUGUGUUGGAUAAAGACUCUCUUCAGGAUGGUCUGAGGGUUCUGAUCCCCAUGGAUGAUCAGCUGCUGUAUGCUGGCCACGUCAACACGGUACAUUCCCCGGACAUUUACAGCGUGGUGGUGGAGGGGGAGAGAGGGAACAGACCUCAUAUCUACUGUCUAGAACAACUCCUGACCCCUGACCUCUGUUCUAUUGUGGAUGUGAUGCCCUCGUCAUACCACUGUCUCUACCCCGGCACCGUAGUCAACGGUAACGCACAGUACCGCUGUCUCUACCCCGGCACCGUAGUCAACGGAAGUUCAGACGGUGAUGACAGUGAUGACCUCAUCACGGUGGAGUUUGAUGACGGUGACACGGGUCGCAUCCCCCUCUCUCACAUCAGACUGCUGCCCCCCGACUACAAGAUACAGUGUGCUGAGCCCUCCCCCGCGCUGCUAGUGGCCAGCUGCUCCAGGAGGCGUGUCAGGAAGUGCAGCAAGGACACCAGUGAGACGAAGCCUAAAACAGGGGACUCCGCCCCCAAGGGCAGAGGGAGACCUGCCAAGAAACCCAAACCCAAACCUGAGCCCCCAGUGAGCCCAGAUCCCGGGAGACGAUACCCCCCGGGACCCAGCCAGGCUCCAGACAGACCUCAGCUCCCCACCAGACCAGCCCAGGACAGGCCGGGACCAGGCCGACCCUCCAAGCCCACCAGCACCCCCAGCCUGCCUGCCCCCCCACGCAGCCAGAACCCUAGGAGACCCAGCCCAGCCUCUCCCAAGCCCCCCUCCCUCUACCACCCAGCUCCUUACGGGAAGAUACUAAGGGUGGACCUGUACAGCCAACCCAACCUCACCUCUUGUAACGUCAGCACCCAACCGAACCCUAAAACCAACCCUAAGUCUAAACUCUCCCCUCCACUACUUAAACCCAACUCUACUUCCCCUAUCAUCAGACCCAAGCCUCUUCUACCUAACCCUAAAACUAACCUUACCUCCGUACCAAAAUCCAAACCUAGACCUAACUCUACAGCAGAACUUCCAGAAGUCCCUGCAGCUAACUUUAGUCCUGAUCACAACAAACCCAGAACCGCUCCCAAAGCAAUCUCCAGACCCAAACAGAACCAUAACAAACCCAGGCUCACCCUGGAUCCUUCUACAAGGCCCAGAACCAGCCCUGGGUCCAGCUCCAGUACCUCCAAACCUAGAACCAGCCCCGGGCCCAGCUCCAGCACCUCUAAACCCAGAACCAGCCCUGGGCCCAGCUCCAGUACCUCUAACCCCAGAACCAGCCCUGGGUCCAGCUCUAGUACCUCUAAACCCAGCCCCGGGACCAGCUCCAGCUCCAGUACCUCUAAACCCAGAACCAACCCUGUGCCCAGCUCCAGUACCUCUAAACCCAGACCCAGCUCAGACCUCUCUGCUGUCAGAUCCAGACCGGACCCUAGCACCUUUAUUCCUGGUAUCUCCAGACCCAGGCAUGUCCUGGGGGAGGGCGGGGUGGGAGGGCAGGGCGGUGUGCGACAUGGGCGUAAGGCCCUCCUGGAGGAACCCCUAGUAAAGCUGGACCACGAGGGCGUGACCUCACCCAAGACCAAGAAGACCAAGGCUCUGAUGCUGCUGGAGGCCAGGGGCUUACGGCAAGACCACACACCCCCUCGCCACGGCCGCAGCCAGCCAGAAGCCGGUGAGGGUAAAGGGGAGGGCCCGGAGAGCGAGGCGGGGCUGCUGGAGGCCAAGGGCUUACGGCAGAACACACGCCCCUCGCCACGGCCGCAGCCAGCCAGAAGCCGGAGAGGGUCAAGGGGAGGGCUCCGGAGAGCGAGGCGGGGCUUCUGGGGAGAGAACCCGCCUACAGAACGCCUUCUCUGGGCAGAGAAAGAGACCGGG